GAGCCGAGGAGACCUUUGAGUACUGUGAUGUGGUCAUCAACAGCCAGGAGAAGGUUUCAGAUGUGUACACGCAGCUGGAGAAGCUGGGAGAGGGAAAAUUCGGGACAGUUUAUCGACUGCAGGAAAAAGCCACCGGCAAAAUCCGGGCUGGGAAAUAUUUCCGGACACAGACGGCUAAAGAGAAGCAGGCAGCUGGGGCCGAGGUGGAGCUCAUGAACCUGCUGCAUCACCCACGCCUCGUCCAGUGCCUCGCUGCCUUCCAGGGCCCCACCGAGCUGGUCAUGGUGAUGGAAUACGUGGCAGGUGGGGAGCUCUUUGAGCGCAUCGUGGACGAUGACUUUGAGCACACGGAGCCCAGCAGCGCCCAGUACAUGCAGCAGAUCCUGGAGGGGCUGCAGUUCAUGCAUGGCCAGGCUGUUGUCCACCUUGACCUCAAACCUGAGAACAUUGUCUGCGUCAGCCCUGGCAGCCACUGGCUCAAGAUCAUUGACUUUGGCUUGGCACGGAAGCUGGCUCCAGACACCCCCGUGAAGGUGUUGCACGGCACCCCUGAGUUCAUGGCUCCAGAAGUGGUGGCCUUUGAGCCUGUGGGCUUCUCCACGGACAUGUGGAGUGUUGGUGUCAUCUGCUACAUCCUGCUGAGUGGGGAGUCCCCCUUCCAGGGGGACAGUGACAUGGAGACGCUGAGCAACAUCACAGCUGCCCAGUGGGACUUUGAGGAGGAGACCUUCUCAGAGAUCUCCCAGCAAGCCAAGGACUUCAUCAGCCAACUACUGCAGAAGGACCCCCGUUGCCGUCUCUCCAGCGUGGAAGCUCUGCUCCACCCCUGGCUGCAGCAGCCCCAGCCCAGCAGCCCCAAGGUGCUGUCAAAGGAGAGGAUCAAGCAGUUCCUCACUCGUCGGAAGUGGCAGAAAACAGGCAAAGCUCUGCUGGCCCUCAACAGGUUGACCCUGCUGUCCCAGAGCCCAGAGAGGAAAGCGUCAGAGGCUCAGGAUGAGGAAGGUGAUGGCCCCUGA